UCUGUUGCUUCACUCUGCUGUCCUCAACUGAGCUAGAUUAUUAUCUUCCGAGCAUCAGGCCCCCGCCCUCUUGGCAAUGGUGAAACAUUUGUGACUGACCUCCAAUGACUGAGAAGCUUCUGGGUCGGGGUGGGGGGGUUGGUGAGGACGAUGUUUCCCUCAGGACGUUGCUGAAACACAAGCUGGGGUCAGACUUUGCUUGUGGUCCCAGGGUUCUCCCGGACGGUCCUGCGGGUGGCACUGUGUGCAGACCAGGUGCCCAGCGUGGUGCCCCCCACGUCUCUUCCUUCUGCCCCCGGAAGAGCCUGAGGCUCACUGACACCCCACCGCCGCCCUGCAAGCUCAUCAUGCUGACAGAAAGCAUGAAACUCUGGCAUGGGUUAGUGAUUGCAGUGGUGUCGCUCGUCCUACAGGCCUGUCUCUUUGCUGCCAUCAGCUACCUGCUCAGCAGGCACAUGGCCAAGGAGAGUGAGCGGAUACUGAAAGGGGCCAGGCUCCAGGCCCCGAGGCCCAGCCCUGCCCACCAUCAGCUACUUGCUGUCAAGGAGGAGACUCCAGGCAUUCCUGCAUCUGAGCCCCAUUAUAAACAGCUGGGGAGACGCACCAGGCUGCCGUUCACACAGUGGAAAUGGCUGCUUCCACAGCAAGACAACUCCCCCAGUCUACUCACUCCCCCGAGAUCACACUGUUUCCCAGGGAAGAACAGUUUCUAUUUCUCCCUAGACGACAGCAACACAUCCUCAGAUAGCUCUGACAGCUCGGAAAGCUCAGACAGCUCGUCUCCAGCCUGCCAGGCCACCCAGGAUAUGAAUUACACACAAGUGGUCUUUUCCACCCCUGGAGAACUAAAAAAUGAAUCUGCCCUGGACUAUGCGAACAUAAAGGAAACCACAGAUUAUGUGAAUGUCAAUCCAAAAAGCUGCAAGCCCAAUUUCUGGACUUUUGUGAGCCCUGACGACUCUGAGCUGGUGGAAUACACUCAGGUGGCCAUGUGAAUUCUAGGUUUUUAAUGGGAUGAGGUUCUCUAGAAAUUCUCGCACUUAUUUUGUAGGGGCAGGACUUUUUUUUUUUUUUGAACAAGGCAUAGGAGAAUAAGUAGGCCUGUAUCUCACUCAACAAGAAGGAUUCAGAUCAGAUGUCAAGAAGAACUUCCAGGAUCAGCAUGAAUGAGUGGAGAUAUCAGUAGAGAAAGCAGGAAAGUCUUUCUCCAGAGAAAAUUGUGAAAAUUUUUUUUGCAUCAGCUGUAGUAGAGUUCUGUUUGGCAGUCUUACCAUUAAAUGACUCUUUGAGCUCUUUAAUGUUUGGCAACAGACAACUUCCUUAAAAGUUUUAAAUAAAAUGGUGACCACCGCAUCUUCAUUUCCUCUUGCCUGAUCUUGCAUGCUGCCCCUUUUCAGGGCUGUCUCUUGCUGAGCAAUGCUGCCCUUCCCUCAGCACUGUAAGUAGGUCACUCAGAAAGCUCACCAUCAUUCCACCUGUGAAUUCCCUGUUUCUUAGGCACGAAAGCUGACAGAGCCCCGGUAAAUACCAACUAGCAUCACAAUCUGUGAUUCCAGGGAAAAAAAAUCUCCCCAAAUUCAACCCAAUAAAAUGCAAUAUUCUUUUCUG